UCAUUCAGCUUUGUAUUUCUCACAAUAAAAAACCCAGGAAACACAGGAGCUCAUCAAGUGCGUCAGAUAAUUUUUUCUUGGGAUUAAUAUCAGGAAUCAUAUAAGAUUUUGUGCUAUUUACCUAAAGCCAGCAAACUGUGGUUGAAUCACCAGCACAUUUGAUAUUUUCUCCAAUUGACGUUGUUUAUAAAAAUUCGCAAAAAUUCUACGUAAAAUAAAAUCAACUUUUCAGCAUCGUAAAAACAAAUCACGAUUAAAGACCCCAAACCAGGAGGAGGAACCCCACCAAACGAAAAACGUAAAUUUUGCAUCAACAGCCACGGAACAAAAAGACCCAGGGAUAUUCGAGGAGGAUACGGCCGGAAAGAGAAUAUACUCUAAUCCGAGCGUAUUGCGAGAGGAGGACAAUCAUAGAAUAGCAACGACACCAAUACCACCCCAAAGUAGCACACAUCAGAGGACAGCAGUAGCAACAGCAUCAUAUCAACAAUUGAAACCAGCAAUUAGUGAUAGCAGCGGUAGGCGGCAAGAAAUGGAAACCAAUCUAAAUAAGGUACUGAAUCAGGGAGUACGUCAUCAGUUAAAUGGCUUGCUGUGCAAGUACACCAAUGUAAUGAAAGGAUGGCAGUACCGAUGGUUUGCAGUGGAUCCACAGAGCGGCAUACUGAGCUAUUAUUUGUCUGAUAGCACAUCGGCCAAUGAUGAUGUACCACCACCUUCUCAUGUCUUAAAUGGUUCCCCACGUGGCCAGGUACAUUUGGCGGGAGCCGUUGUUUGUCCCAGUGAUGAAGAUUCGCGCACAUUUUCUAUCGGCUGCGCUUCCGGUGAUACAAUUAAACUAAGAGCCGCAGAUGCUAGAGCUCGCCAAGAAUGGGUAGAUGGCUUGAGGGCUGUGGUGGAAAGUCACACCAAGGCCAUGGAUAUUAGCAACUCAACGCCUUUGCCACCACGCGAAUUGUUGGCUGCAUCGGAUGCCAUGGCCUCGGCCCGACAAGCUCUAUACUUAACCGAACAAUGCAAUGCUUCCCUAGCUCGAGCCAUUGAAAAUAUCGAAUGCGAAACAUUUUCACCUACCGACCCAGAUCUGUUGUUAAUGAAAGCAAUAUCCACCGCCAGUACACAAUGCCUACAUCAGUGCCUGAGCUUGUUGCAGCGCCAUCAAGAGAUUCAUACACCGCAUUCGGAGACAACUAGUGUUAAUUAGCGCUACACGGCUUGGCCCGUGAAGCAAACAAAUCAUGUUGUAUAGCAAAAAGAGCCAACUCACUGUGGCACGACUAAUUUACAUUGAUUUAUUGUGUUUAUUGUUAAAUUUAUUCAAUGUUUUUUAAAUCACCCUUUUUCCUAUUCUCCUAUAAAGCGAAACAAAAGUGCACCAUUUAUUCCUGCCCUUUGCAAAUAAUAAUAAAAUGUAUAUCAUACAUAUAUCAUAUAACAAUGUAACAACCAUAACAUCAUUCAACCAUUCCGACUUGUCCAGAUUUAUAUACCAAAAAAAAGCAAUACGCUUCAAGCGCGUAACGAUUGACAAGUUUUUACAAACUUAUUGAAUAACAAUAUUACGCCGAUUGCAAAAAAAAAAACGUUUAAAUAAAAAGCCUUCUGAAGUAUUA